UACAUGCAGUGUACACAGUCUAUGAGACGACGCCCGAAAUCUCGCGCGAAGAUAAUGUAUCUGACGUACAAGAAUCCCAUGUUGUAGUGGGUACCCGUUGUGACUCUAUCGAAAGGCUACGUAAAGAACCACCAAGACCAAGUACGAUUUGCCAAGUUAAGAUCCAGCUUGUCAACGUAGCUUGAGAGGCUCGGAGAAGAUCAAUGACACUUGCCUUAUUUUGAUAGUGUGCGUUGAAACCGUAAGAUUUGUGACUUCUCAAAUGUUAGACUUUUAACUUUCAAUACCGGUCGGAGUCGAGUCUCGUUAGACUGACGACGAGCUUGAAAGCCUAGUUUGAGCCGAGGAUCGAGGCUAGCGAUAGCGUCAGAGUAAAAUAAGUUUGUACAAUUACAAGUCAAAUCAAGUAGCAGCCAAGUCAAGCAAUCAUGACUGACAGUAAAAAAGACACCAGCAGGAAAGAAGAACUUAUUCACAAGGCAAAGCUUGCGGAGCAAGCCGAGAGGUACGACGACAUGGCAAAGGCAAUGAAGGCAGUGACCGAGUUGGAGACAUCAUUGACGAAUGAAGAGAGGAAUCUGUUGUCUGUCGCAUACAAGAAUGUCGUUGGAGCACGGCGGUCAUCGUGGAGAGUAAUCAGUAGCAUUGAAGCCAAGGAGAGUGCCAGCACCGGCGGCGAGGCAAACGCACAAAGUGAAAAGAGGAAGGCCUUGUCACAGAAGUACAAGGAAAAGGUGGAAGAAGAGCUCACAGGCAUUUGCAAGGAGGUUUUGUGCUUGCUUGACAAACACCUCAUACCAAAAGCGGAAAAGGAAAGCAACGAAGACAAGCAAAAUAAAGAUAGUCAACAAUCAGAUAGCCAUGUUUUCUACCUGAAGAUGAAAGGAGACUACUUCCGAUACUUGGCCGAAGUGAUGAAGAAAUCAAGUGAUAAAGAGGACUCUGUUAAAUGCUCCAGUGAAGCUUACCAAGAGGCAAUGGAUAAAGCCAGUGAACGUAUGGCACCAACACAUCCCAUCAGACUUGGAUUGGCACUGAACUUCUCAGUUUUCUUCUAUGAAAUUGAAAAUAAACCAGAUAGAGCCUGUCAGUUGGCUAAACAAGCAUUUGAUGAUGCUAUUGCAGAACUGGAUCAACUUCAGGAGGAUUCCUACAAAGACAGCACGCUAAUUAUGCAGUUGCUGAGAGACAAUUUAACUUUGUGGACGUCAGAUUCUGCAGAUGAUCAAGCAGACCAGGAAGAAGCUCAAAAUUAAACUUGAUUGAUGCUGAAUUAUAGGUGUGCCGUAAAUGUUCCCAUAAUAACAAAUCGUGUAUCCAAACAAAAAGGGCUUGGAGGAAGCAUCCUAACCUUUUGAUGUCUUAUUUACCAAUUCUGGAGAUGGCAAGGACAGAAUGGAUAGGGCUUGGUGACUUAAAAACAAAGUGAAUGAGUGUUCAAGGGUGAAGGGUGCUUAUGUUUACGCAUUUAAGACACCUAUUAUUUACAUGUAUGUGACAGAUGGAUUAAAGUCUAUGGUGUAACUUUCUUUUGCAACCAAAUUGUGUCACAAAAUAUAUUAUGUAGGAAGAACUGUAAAUCAACCGUUAACCAUAGAAUCAUACUGUUUCAGUAGCUACUUCUGUACUGUACAAUAAAGUUAGUUCAGUGUUCUAUGUCACUGACUCGAUAACAUGUCCAACUGCAUAUUUUGAAUGUUGUUAACUUACCAUAGUUCAGCUUAAAAGUAAUGUUAUAAAAAGGGAAGGAAUGUCAAAGAACAUCCAGUAAUUGAAUAGGUAUGCAUAAAGUACUUGCCUUUGUGAAACUUUCAAAUUUAACACUUUGUUUGCAAAAAAAGGAUCUGGCCAAAUAGCAGAGACGAGUGUGAGGGAAAAUUUUCUAUUUAUUUCUAGCAAUCUAUUUACAUUGUACAUGUCUAUGUUAUUGCUGGAUAGAUUAUUUUGUGAUAUUUUUUUUUGAUGAAACUGAACUUAAAGGAUUCCAUGAUGCAUUUAAUUGAUGUUUUUUAUUUCCGUUUCAUUGCACCUUUUGUAAUUGCCUUUGAAUAACCCAGAACCAUGCACUACAUGUAGAGGUGGGUAGGUCAAGUAAACUACAACAUUUUUAUGAUUUAGAAUUGACCAGAUAUGUAGCAGUUUCACAUUAUGCUUUUAGAAAGAAAGAAAAAAAUUGAUGUUGGUAACCUGCAGCUAAUAAAUUUUGAGAUGUCAUAGGUUUAUAAACAAUGAUUUGACUUCCCUUAUGUUUAAAAGGAACACACCUUGGUAAGGUGAUUUUAGUGCAGUACAUGUAUGUAUCAUUGGUUAAGAUACCAUAUACAUGUAACUGCAUUUGUCUGAGGUGACCAUUUUAUUUUAUAGCCCUUUAAGUCAUCAAAUUACAUGUUGAAUAAUUUAAAAGGUGGAAAUGUGUAUUUUCGAAUGUUGAAGUUUGUUUAUGCUGUACUAUUGCACAUCUUUCUGUGUUUCACAUGUUAUACACAUUAGGAUUUACUGAUGAUGCUUUGCACUUGAGGUAGGGCUGCACUUGUCUUUUGCUGGGUCCACUUGAACAAACUUGGGAAUACUUCGGGAUGGUCCUAAGCUUUUCAUCCAUGAGACAGCCAUUCAAAUUCAAAACCUAAGGGGCGAUAGACAAGUGUAUUCCAAGGGGGAGGAAAAAAGUUGACAGAUAUAUUUAUAGAUUAAAAUUUCUUUAAUAGCUCUCUACAAGUCAUGUUGCAUUUGGAUCACAUGUUUAUUUAAGAUUUGUGUCGUCGUGAAUAUUUCUGGUUCAAUGUGUAUCGGAAACGUAGCAUUUAUGCAUUUUUUUAUUGUGAUAACAGAUAUUAGAAACGUGUAAUGGAACUAUAAAUUGAAUACUAUGUUUUUUUUGUCAAGUAAUAUGUGAUAUAUUCUUCCUGCAGGGACAUUUUUUUUUCUUUUUCAUUUUAUUUGUUUGCGUUUUGUUUGUUUCAUUUCCCCCAUUUGCUGUAGAUGUUAGGUUGUUAAACAGGCAAACUCUGUAGAUUAGACAAUUUUAGAAAUUAGAAUGCAUUGUCUGAUGAUAGGAAUGUGUAUGUCAAACCAUUUGCAUUUAUACUUUGCAUAUCAGUGGUUUGGGAUGUUAGCCAUGCACAGAUGCUGAACAUGUACUUGGAAGUUCUUUCUAAUCGUACUACCACCCCCCCCCCAAAAAAAAAGUUAUUUCAGUAGUCUAUCUUGUUAAAACAUAGGUGAAUUACUAACAAUCUGUAAGACUUACUUUUUUGUCCAGUUGAAAGAAUUGCUUCCCAUUCGACUUACUACCAUAUUGAGAAUAUUUUUUUUCUUGAUUCUACAAUGUAUCUUGGCAAUAUAAAGAUAGGUUGUUGUUUUGGCACAACUCCAUCUCGGUUCAGUUAUUAAAAAUAUAAACUCACAGUAAAUGCUAAUCAUGGCUAUAAGCUACAUGUAUUAACGAUGAAAAAUGCAUGCAUUUUAAGCUGAAGAAAAUGGUAUCCUAACAUUGUAUCCUGUGAAACUGUCAUUACACAGUUAAACAAUUAUAAUGUCUGUUGUCUGGAAA